AUGGCAAAUGAUCCAAAUGAUCCACAAAAAGCAAAUGAUCCAAAUGAUCUACAAAAAGCAAAUGAUCCACAAAAAGCAAACGAUCGAAAUGAUCCACAAAAAGCAAAUGAUCCACAAAAAGCAAACGAUCCAAAUUAUCCACAAAAAGCAAAUGAUCCAAAUGAUCUACAAAAAGCAAAUGAUCCACAAAAAGCAAACGAUCCAAAUGAUCCACAAAAGGCAAAUGAUCCACAAAAAGCAAACGAUCCAAAUCAUCCACAAAAAGCAAAUGAUCCAAAUCAUCCACAAAACGCAAAUGAUCCAAAUGAUCUACAAAAAGGAAACGAUCCAAAUGAUAUACAAAAAAGUAACGAUCCAAAUGCACCAGCCAAAAAGCCUGAAGAUCCAAAAGAAAUACAGUAG